CUCAAACAAGUCCUUCUGAGGCAAAAGGGUUAGCUGUGAGCUGGGGUUCUGCCUUCCUCAACACCAGAGUUAGCAAAGCAGAUGGCUAGAUUGGCUAACGUUAAUGCAGAAUAAUAACCAGCAGGCUAACUUUCCAGAAUAUGGCUGAUCACCAGCAAGAACCGCAAGGAGACUCUAAACCUUCAGGAGCACCACGCACUAAAAAGCCAGACCAGGCUAUUUAUGUCCCCAAAAGGCAGCAAAGAGAGGGCGAUGGGCAAACAGUGGAUACCCAGGCACCCAACAACCACCCAAAGAACAAGGCUGGGGACAAGAAGGGCAAACCCAGGCCACGGUACACUGACAAGGCCUGGAAGAACAACAACAAGAACAAGAAAGACAAAGGUGGCGGCAAACCAAAGAUAGAGUCCUCCGUAAGUGGUGGAGAUUCAGCUGCAAGUGUCCAGAAUGGAGGUUGUAAGGAUGGCGAGAAAGAACGUGUGGACGUGGAAAAAGAGGGUGGAGAAGUACGACUGCAGCAGACGACAGAGGGGCAAAGCAACUCAGAAAUAGCUACUAGUGGGGUAUCCGUAGAGAGCACUGAUGGUGGUGGUGGUGGGUUGUCGGACAGGUUGACGACCUCUGACCCCAAGGCCUCAGGAGAGGACCAGGAGGAGAACGAGGAAGAAGAGCAGGAGAGCUGGGACACUCUGUUCGAUGAUGAAGGGGAAUGUCUGGAUCCUCAUUUGCUAAGAGAGAUUGCGGAGAAGUCGGGACGUAAGAAAGAGUCAAUUCAAGAGCCACGAUUCAACUACUACAACUGGUCACCAGAGAGUGAAGAGAUCGAGCUCAGGGAGGAUGAGCUGUCUCACAUAGUAGAGAUAUACGACUUCCCGACCGAAUUCAAAACCGAGGAUCUGAUCCUGGCAUUCCACUCCUUCCAACAGAAGGGCUUUGACGUCCAGUGGGUGGACGACACUCACGCCCUGGGCCUCUUCUCAAGCCCCAUUGCAGCGCGGGACGCCCUUACGACACGGAACCCUCUGCUGAAGGUGAGGCCCCUCUCCAAGGCCUCGGCGGCCACCAAAGCCAAAGCCCGCAACUGCUCAGACUACCUCCUCCCGGCUAAGGAGCGUCCGCAGACGAGUGCGGCAUUGGCGCGGCGGCUGGUGAUCGGGGCGCUGGGCGUGCGAAGCCCCCAGAGCCGAGAAGAUCGUGAGGCCGAGAAGAAGAAGCUGAAGGACGCCAAAGAUCAAAAGCGUCUUGCGGCCCAGCAGAGGGAGGAUGCCUGGGAAGGGAAGUGAGCUAGCGUUGCGUAGCGUGACGUGACAUGGUCUGAGUGCCCCCGUCUCUGCCGUGCACCCUUCCUCAGUCAGAAGCCCCACAGAAAAAAAAAAUCCCAGGGAAACCACACACAUUCACACCCCAGUGCCCCCAAGCUGUGCCAGGUUCUGACAAGACAGAGAGCUUGUGAGAAUAGUCACAGGCUACAUCCCCCUCUCCAUCUCUCCACAAACCAAAGGGUUGUGAUGUCAUCUGCUCCCAUGACAUAAGACAUGUUUUCUGAACCAGUGGUCCAGUUGUGUUUCACAGGGUACCCCCCACA